CAGCAAGAGAGAAAUUAAAAAGGGAAAAAAGCCCAAUAGCCUGGAGAAGCUUGUGUGUUUGCCCUUUGUAAUGACGUAGUGUCCUGUGCCUCUCCCCUAACUCCCUUCCCCUCCCUUCGGCCAACCCCCACCCCUCGCCCCUCACAGCCUUGGAAGCCACAAUUAAGCGGCUCUGGGAUAAAACACACUGGCUGCAAGAGGACUGGGGCAUUGCUUCAAGAGAUGGCAAGGCAGCUGACUGCAUCCCUCCUUCCCGGAGUCCUCCUCCUCCUCGCCAUCCUCCCGGCUUCUCGGCAAGGAGGGGUGCCUGGUGCUGGAGGGGGAGUUCCAGCUCUAGGAUAUUACCCAGGAGAUGCUGGGGUUGGAGGCCUGGGAGCAGGAGGCCUGGGGGCUGGAGCUGGACUUGGGGGUGCAGGGCUCGGUGUUGGAGCGAAACCUCCCAAGCCAGGCCUCGGGGGACUUGGCACACUUGGCCUGCAGCCAGGUGGCAUAGUCCAGCCAGGUUUCUACCCAGGAGGCGUCUACCCGGGCGGCAUCUACCCAGGGGCUGGGCUGGGAGCCUAUAAAGCUGUUGCCAAAGCUGGUGCUGGUGUGGGCGGAGUCGGCGGUGUGGGAGUCAGCGGUGUGGGCGGAGUCGGCGGUGUGGGUGGACCCGGUGGUGUUGGGGUCUCCACAGGUGCUGUAGUGCCCCAGACAGGGGUUCAGCCAGGCGUAGGCGCUGGAGGGAAACCUGCCAAGGUACCAGGUGUUGGCAUUCCAGGGGCGUACCCAGGUGGCGUGCUCCCAGGAACAGGGGUCCGUUACCCUGGCAUAGGUGUCCUGCCUGGUGUGCCCACUGGGACUGGAGUCAAGGCAAAAGCGCCAGGAGCAGCAGGAGCCCUUGCAGGAAUUCCCGGAUUUGGAGGCUUCGGGGGCCAGCAGCCUGGCGUCCCUCUGGGAUACCCCAUCAAAGCCCCCAAGCUCCCAGGUGGCUAUGGGCUGCCCUACAGCACAGGAAAGCUGCCUUACGGGUACGGACCAGGUGGGCUAGGUGCUGGUGCUGCGGGAAAGGCAGGAUACCCAACAGGGACAGGAGUUGGAGCUCAGGUAGCAGCAGCUAAAGCAGCAGCUAAAUAUGGUGCUGGUGUCGUGCCUGGAGUCGGAGGUCUCGGAGGCCUGGUGCCUGGCGUUGGGGGUCUCCCUGGAGUCGCAGGCGUCCCAGGGAUUGCAGCAGCUGGAAGCCAGGCAGCAGCAGCAGCAGCAAAAGCAGCAGCCUAUGGACCUGGAAGCCCCGCGGCAGCGGCGGCAGCGGCAGCGGCCGCAAAAGCAGCCAAGUACGGAGCGGCUGGUGUUGGAGGCCUGGUGCCCGGUGUCGGCGGUGUCCCUGGCCUGGUGCCCGGUGUCGGCGGUGUCCCUGGCUUGCUGCCUGGUGUCGGCGGUGUCCCUGGCUUUCUGCCUGGUGUUGGCGGUGUCCCUGGUGUGGUGCCCGGUGUCGGCGGUGUCCCAGGAGUUGGAGCUGGAAUCCCAGCAGGAGCGGCAGCAGCAGCAAAAGCCGCCAAGUACGGAGCGGCUGGUAUUGGAGGCCUGGUGCCCGGUGUCGGCGGUGUCCCUGGCGUGGUGCCCGGUGUCGGCGGUGUCCCUGGCUUGCUGCCUGGUGUCGGCGGUGUCCCUGGCGUGGUGCCCGGUGUCGGCGGUAUCCCAGGAGUUGGAGCUGGAAUCCCAGCAGGAGCGGCAGCAGCAGCAGCAAAAGCUGCCAAGUAUGGAGUGGCUGGUGUUGGAGGCCUGGUGCCCGGCGUCGGUGGUGUCCCUGGCGUAGUGCCCGGCGUCGGUGGUGUCCCUGGCGUGGUGCCCGGCGUCGGCGGUGUCCCUGGCGUGGUGCCCGGCGUCGGCGGUGUCCCUGGAGCUGGAGCAGCUGCAAGCCCGGCAGCAGUGGCGGCAGCAGCGAAAGCAGCCGCGAAAGCAGCAGCGUAUGGGGCUGGACGCAUACCAGGUGUGGCACUGGGAGUUGGAGGCUUGGUGCCCGGCAUUGGUGGGGGUCUGGUGCCCGGCGUUGGUGGGGGUCUGGUGCCCGGUGUUGGUGGAGCCCUGGUGCCUGGCAUUGGAGGUGUCAUCAGUCCAGCAGCAGCAGCCAAAGCAGCAGCCAAAGCAGCCAAGUACGGAGCUGGCGGUGUCGGAGGCCUGGUGCCCGGCGGUGUCGGAGGCCUGGUGCCCGGCGGUGUCGGAGGCCUGGUGCCCGGCGGUGUCGGAGGCCUGGUGCCCGGCGGUGUCGGAGGCCUGGUGCCCGGUGGUGUCGGAGGCGUCCCAGGAGUCAUCAGUCCCGCAGCAGCAGCUAAAGCAGCUGCCAAAGCAGCCAAGUAUGGUGCUGGCGUCGUGCCCGGGGCCGGCGGGGUGCCUGGCUUAGUGCCUGGGGCUGGCAGGGUGCCAGUCGCAACGCCUGGGGCCGGUGGGGUGCCUGUUGUAACGCCGGGGACUGGGGGACUGCCAGUCUUUGAGCCCGGCGCAGGACAAGUGCCAGGCACAGGCAUUAUACCUGGAGCAGGGAUUCCCCAGCUGGGCGUGCAGCCAGGCGCCAAGCCUCCAAAGUACGGGUUCGGUGUUGGGGGCCUGCAGCCAGGGGCUGGAGUUCCUGGCUUCGGUUUGUCUCCCAUUUACCCAGGUGGACUCGCUGGCCAGCUAGGAUACGGCGGAAAACCUCUCAAGACCUAUGGUGGAGCCCUGGGAGCCCUGGGAUACAGAGGUGGCGUGGGCUGCGCGCAAGGGAAGUACUGUGGCAGGAAGCGGAAGUAACCCAGCCAGGCUGCUACCAUUAACCUCAUGAACUUUGGUGCUACUGCAUGGUCUAGAAUGUAAACCCUGAGUAAAGCAGCGAUCCCGCCCCCAUCCCCCGUUCCCCCGCCAGCCCCCCGGAGCGAAUUCCAUGGCCCCUGACGCUCCCUUCGCUCCAGCCUGGGGGUCUCUGCCCUGUCUCCAGUGGGAAGCACAGAACAAACUGUGGGAAAUGCCGUUCCCACUGGUGCUAAAGCUCCCUGCAGGGAGAGCUGGGCAGGCCUCCAUGGGGCGGGACAGGACCCUCCAAGGGGACGGGAGCCUUGGGCCCUCGGGGAGGAGGAGAUGGGGGCUGGUUUCCAAGAGGACAGCGAGGGGCUGGGCUCCACCUGCCACCAGCAUAUGGGCGAAUGACCCAUCAGCAGUGCCCAGGCUCAGCAUAUCCCAGCUGCUCCCAAGACUCCGUCCAGCUGGCCAGGAACUGCUUAGCAGCUAGCCAGCCUUGAUCCCCUGCCCCCAUGUCUGCCAGCCCCCUCCGUGCCUGCCGCCCCAGGACCCACGCUGCGGGAUGCCACGGGAUGGGGCUUGUGGGCUCCAUGCAGGUGGGCAGGGACACUCGUGCCAGCGGGGCCUGUAGGGGCUCAUGGGUGGGUUAAAUUCGCCCAGAGUUCUUUGUGGUGGGGCCAUCUGAUUGGCUGACGCGUCCCCACGCUGGAGGACAUGGCCCUCCCGCUGUGUGGGGAGGGGUUGGCACUAUCAGCAGAGCCAAGUCACUAACACUGAUGGGAUUAGCCAUGUGCCGCCCUCACUCAGCAGCACUGUACGGACAGCCAGCGCCAGCCCAGCCCUGCCAUGUCUCUGAGGCCCCGCUGGGACCUGCCCUUCCUCUUGCCCUGGAAGCCCGUGUGUUCCUGAGCCGUGGGCCGGAAGGAAUCACACCUCUCCAUGUUACUCACUUCGUAUAGCUCGGGUGGGACAUGUUAUAAAGAGGGAAAGUAACUGCUUCCAAACGACUAAUAAACAAUGACUUCUAAAG